AGCUGUCAGAUUCUCAUUCUACGUUUCCGCUGCUUCAUCGUGAGCGGCUUCAGUGAGCAAGUGCAAGUAAAAAGAUAUAGCUUAAGAUAUUAAUAAAAUUCGCGUGUGCGGAGUUAGAAUAAUAAUUUUUAAAUCAAAAUGAGCUGGCAGGAUUACGUUGAAAAGCAGCUCUUGGCUUCACGUUGUGUAACUAAAGCUGCAAUUGCGGGACACGACGGAAAUGUAUGGGCCAAAUCAGAAGGUUUUGAGGUAACGAAAGAAGAACUUGCCAAAUUGGUUCAAGGUUUUGAAAAACAAGACAUCCUCACGUCGUCCGGUGUCACUUUAGCAGGGAGUCGUUAUAUAUAUUUGUCUGGUACAGAUCGGGUCAUACGAGCCAAACUCGGCAAAGUAGGAGUACACUGCAUGAAAACAACACAGGCUGUUGUCGUAUCCCUUUAUGAAGAUCCAAUUCAGCCCCAACAGGCGGCUUCAGUUGUAGAAAAGUUAGGAGAUUACUUAAUUAGCUGUGGAUACUAGAGAUAGUAUAGGCCGCUGCCCUCUAACAUCAUGCGGCAUCGUCACAAUUUUUUUCAAUAACAGCGAACCAGCAAUGUGUAUAUCGAGUGUAUCAGUAUAAAAGUUUGUCAAUGUCGGAACAUUGAGUUUCUUUUAAUAAAUAUAACAUAUUCUUGUACACAUAAUAAAUUGGUAUCGCCAUGGAUUAUUUUAUAAGCAUUUACAGUUGUUUUCUUUGUUAGUAGUAAUUUUAAAAAUUUGCUAUAUCUUUAGUGCUUAUAAAAUAGUCUAUUACCCUUAAUAAUUUUAGACUGUGGUCUCAUAUUUCGUUAUAAUUUUUAGAUCAUUUUUAGUAUUGGUUGUGUUUGUAGUGUGCCAUUGCUAUCUUUCAGGCGGUGUGUGAUGCUGCAGGCACUUAAAUAUAAUUUACAUUCGAGCA